CCCGGGGAAAGAAAGAGGCGGCGGGCGCGAGACAGUGCGCGCGACACCCAGCCGAGGUUGCAGCGGUUGUUUGCUGCUGCUGCUCUGGAGGGUGGUUUCGGUUUGCAAGAGAAAGAGAAGAUCCAUGGCCCUCCUCCCUGGAAAGGCGGAAGUGUUCAGAAAGAAAGUACUGGAGAAACUCUUUCCUGUUCCUCCUGGUGUGGUUUCUUCAGAUGUGGAGUCAAGCACGGUUCCAAGAGCGCCAGUUUCAGCUCGAGAAGAUUCUGAUAAUGCAACAGCUUUGCCAGGCUGCUCAAGGUUAUCAGAUAAAAAGGGUGAGAUUCUGACUCCAAAGAAAAUGUAUACAGUGGUUCUUCCUCCUGAAGAUUAUGUACCAGCUAUUAAUACUGAAGUCAGUAAUGAAGAUUCGGAGAGUGAUGAUGAUGGUGAUGAUGCCGAUGUUCCAGAGGGGAGUUGUGAAGGUCAGCCCCAGAGGAAACGUAUUCGAAGAAGGAAACGAAAGAAUGUUUUGCAAAAUCCUGAUAACUUACAUGGAGGCUUGGCAGAUUGUGGAAAGCCUGAAAAUCUGAUUGAAGAUAAGUUACAGCUGCAGCACGCAGAAGGCCCUAACCUAAGUAGAAACAAAAAGAGGAAAAUGAAAAAGAAGCGGCAGAAAGAAAAGAUGAGAGCAGCUGGCUUGUUAACAAAGCCAGCCAGUAUAGAUUUCAUGUACAAGCCGGAGAUGGAAGAAGGAACAGACUUUGAAGAUGCAGAUAAAAAAGUUGAUAACCUUCUGGAUUUUUUGCAAGCAACACAAGAAAUCUAUUUCUCUGACAAGCAAUCAAAGUGUGCGGAGUCAGCUGUGAGUUCACAAAACAUUCAUGAGAUCUUACACAGUCUUGAAUCGCGCAGUAUGUCUUUGUCAGAUGUUGCCCUUUUGCAUCAGAUGAAAGCCCUUGUACUUCUGCGGGAUGCUGAGAGACUAAAAAGUACUGUGGAAGUGUUCCGCACGCAGUCAGCGAUGCCUCCUGAUCAUGCCAAAACAAUCUCUUCUCUGUUUCUGUACUGGAUUACAGAUAUCCUUCCUGGAAAGCACAAGAAGGAAGCAGAAUGUGUGCAUCCAUCUGUACAGAGUUAGAACUCAAUAUAUAAAACUCUGAACUGAAUCCAAGAAUAUUCAGAAAUGGCAAUGCAACUAAACAGAUUUGCAAAUUCACCAAGCACUGCUGGGAUUUAUUUAUUUAUUAAUGACUGUAUUGGGCACUUUUGUUUUAAAUAUAAUAGGCUGAGAGAGGACCAUA